AUGGAAGGAAAUCAGACCCAGACUGAAUUCAUCCUGUUGGGAAUUACAGACAGCCCAUAUGCACAGACCCCUCUGUUCGUGUUGUUUCUGUUGAUUUACAUUGUCACUUUGGUGGGGAACUUUGGCAUUAUCAUCUUGGUUCGGGUGUCUCCCAGCCUCCACACCCCCAUGUACUUCUUCCUCACCCAUUUUGCCUUCAUUGACAUCUGCUAUUCCACAGUCAUCUCCCCCAGGAUGCUGGCAGACCUGUUAUCAGAGGACAAAACCAUUUCUUUUCUUGGCUGCAUGAUGCAGUUCUUCAUGUUCUCUUUCUUUGCUAUUAGUGAGUGCCACCUCCUGGCCAUGAUGGCCUACGACCGUCACGUUGCUAUCUGCCAGCCCCUGCUUUAUGUGACCAUCAUCUCCAGAUGUGUCUGCUGGCAGCUGGUAGCAUCAUCCUACCUAUUUGCCUUCCCCAGUGCCAUCAUCUUCACAUGGUGCGUGUUUGGAGGUUCCCUCUGUGGUCCCAACCGCAUUGACCACUUCUUCUGCGACGUCGUCCCUGUGCUAAAGCUCGUGUGCUCCGACAUGCACAACAGUGAGAGGGUCAUCUUUGCCUUCGUCACCAUCAAUGUGGUGGGCACAAGUGUGGUCAUUUUGCUCUCCUACAUCUCUAUCAUCCACACCGUGCUGAGGAUGUGCUCAGCACAGAGCAGGGUCAGAGUCUUCCACACCUGUGCCUCCCAUUUGACGGCUGUUUCCAUAUACUUUGGGUCAGCAUUCUUCAUGUACCUACAACCUUCUUCUAGCCACAGAAGCCUGGAUAAGGUGGCCUCCAUCUUCUACGCCGUAGUCACCCCCAUGCUCAACCCAUUCAUCUACAGCCUGAGGAACAAGGAGGUGAAGCUGGCUCUGCUGGUAGCAUCAUCCUACCUAUUCGCCUUCCUCACUGCCAUCAUCUGCACAUGGUGUGUGUUCGGAGGUUCCUUCUGCAGUCCCAACCGCAUCGACCACUUCUUCUGUGAGCUUUUCCCUGUGCUAAAGCUCGUGUGCUCCGACACGCACAGCAGUGAGAUGGUCAUCUUUGCCUUCAUCACCGUCAAUGCAGUGUGUGCAAAUGUGGUCAUUCUUCUCUCCUACAUCUCUAUCAUCCGCACCGUGCUGAGGAUCCACACGAGUCUGGAUAAGGUGGCCUCCAUCUUCUAUGCUGUGCUCAUCCCCAUGCUCAACCCCUUCAUCUACAGCCUGAGGAACAGGGAGGUGAAGCGGUCUCUGGUGAAAUGCGGGAGGAGGUUUUUCAGCCGCUGGCAACAUAGAAGACUUCUGUCAUCCAGGACAUGA